AUGACAUGGAAGAGAUAUGCUGAAUACAUGUUUGUUUUGCAACCGUUAGUCAUCUUUGAAAAAAAGAACAAAGUCCUAAUAGGCAAAUGCAUCAAAACGACAUCUCUAUAUUUAACAUUCUGGAUGAUGGGAUUGACCAGCAGUCUUAUAGGGACAUCGUUCGUGCAUUUGGAAAAAUUAUUCGGCGUGACGUCAAACGAAAUCUCCAUCAUUCUGGUAAUUUUCUCGGUGGGCUACCUCGUCGGAGCAAUCUUAUGCGCCUUCAUUUACGACAGAGGGGUUCCUGAGUUCUACUUUGUGGCCUUCAAUUUGCUGUCGUCGUUUUCGACGCUUGUAUCGGGAGCGAUGGAGAACAUUUUUGUGUUCGGUGCUGCUAUUGCCGUCCAGGGCUGUGGAAUGGGGUUCGAUGAUGCAGCUGGCCAGUCAUACUGCGUGAACUUGUGGUUGAACCAUCGACUGCAGAGACCAUUCCUUCAAGCAGCCCAUGCUCUCUGGUCGCUCGGAGGAGUCCUCAGUCCCAUCGUCAUUAAAAUAUUCCUCUGCGAGUUUCAGCAUGAUCAGAUUGUUGAAUCAUUGGAGAUCCAAAGAAAGACAGUUGAAUGCAACAAAUUUAACAGUUCAACACUCAGUACUGUUGAUGACAUCAACUGCAACAAUUCACAAUUCCACAAUUCUAACGUAACAGAAGUAUGCGCGGGAGAUGAACUGGAAUAUUCUAGAUAUGCAUUCUACACAAUUGGCUCGAUAAUAUUUGCAGCCAACAUACCAUUUUUAAUAAUUUCAAUUGAGAAAUGCCUUACAAGAAACUCUACAGGCAUGACAAUAGCGAUAGAUUAUAACAGAAAUAUCACUAUUGACGACAUUACUGUUAAUGAGGCUGAAAUCAAAAAAUCUUUAAAACAUAGUGAAGUAGAUACAUCGAAUAUAAAAUUUUCUGGAAAUUUUGAACUGUUGAACAGAACUUCAAAAAUAAUUUACCUGUGUCUGCUAUUUAUAAUGGCCAUGUUAAAUAUGUACAUAGAAAUCUUGCCAAUCAACUUUCUAGUUUCAUUCGCGGUCAAACACUUAAAAUGGUCAGUAAUGGACUCGAGUUUAUUGCUUUCGUGUUUCUUCACUGCCCAUUUUGUCGGUCGAAUUUUAGCGGUUCUGACAUCGGCCUGCAUACGACCAAUAAAAAUGAUCUCUGCCAACAUCGUACUAACCGCAAUUGGAUGCACAUCCCUCCUACUAUCCAACACAUCACCACUAAUAGUCUGGGCAGCAGUAACUGUGGCUGGACUUGGAGUAUCAAACACGUUUCCCUCUACGGUUCUUUGGGUAUCGGAGACAGUCCCUGUUAGCGGUCGAAUCAGUUCAAUAAUGAUUGCAGGCGCAUCUGUUGGAACGAUUUCUUCUCCAUACUUCGUCUCGCUUCUCACUGUUAAUUAUGGAACUUUUUCCUUCAUCUACGUGUUAAUUUCCGCGGCGUUAGCACAUGUUGUGGUUUUUAUAUUCUUGUAUUUAUUUAUAACAAAAAUUGCCAGAAGAUUGUAGUUCGUGUUAUUGAACAAACUUUUUGUUUUAAAUGUUUUUUUUUUAA